GUUUAUGGUUGCCUUUGUUGUGCAAAAGAUUUUAAGUUUCAUUAGGUCCCAUUUGUUUAUUUUUGUUUUUAUUUCCAUUUCUCUAGGAGGUGGGUCAAAAAGGAUCUUGCUGUGAUUUAUGUCAUAGAGUGUUCUGCCUAUGUUUUCCUCUAAGGGUUUCAUAGUCUCUGACCCUACACUUAGGACUUUAAUCCAUUUUGAGUUUAUUUUUGUGUAUGGUGUUAAGGAGUGUUCUAAUUUCAUUCUUUUACAUGUAGCUGUCCAGUUUUCCCAGCACCACUUAUUGAAGAGGCUGUCUUUUCUCCAUUGUAUAUUUUUGCCUCCUUUAUCAAAAAUAAGGUGACUAUAUGUGCAUGGGUUUAUCUCUGGGCUUUCUAUCCUGUUCCAUUGAGAUAUAUUUCUGUUUUUGUGCCAGUACCAUACUGUCUUGAUUACUGUAGCUUUGUAGCAUAGUCUGAAGUCCAGAAGCCUGAUUCCUCCAGCUCCGUUUUUCUUUCUCAAGAUUGCUUUGGCUAUUUGGGGUCUUUUGUGUUUCCGUACAAAUUGUGAAAUUUUUUGUUCUAGUUCUGUGAAAAAAGCCAGUGGUAGUUUGAUAGGGAUUGCAUUGAAUCUGUAGAUUGCUUUGGGCAGUACAGUCAUUUUCACAAUGUUGAUUCUUCCAAUCCAAGAAAGUGGUAUAUCUCUCCAUCUGUAUGUAUCAUCUUUAAUUUCUUUCAUCAGUGUCUUAUAGUUUUCUGCAUAUAGGUCUUUUGUCUCCUUAGGUAGGUUUAUUCCUAGGUAUUUUAUUCUUUUUGUUGUAGUGGUAAAUGGAAGUGUUUCCUUAAUUUAUCUUUCAGAUUUUUCGUCAUUAGUUUAUAGGGAUGCAAGAGAUUUCUGUGCAUUAAUUUUGUAUCCUGCUACUUUACCAAAUUCAUUGAUUAGCUCUAGUAGUUUCCUGGUAGCAUCUUUAGGAUUCUCUAUAUAUAGUAUCAUGUCAUCUGUGAACAGUGGCAGGUUUACUUCUUCUUUUCUGAUUUGGAUUCCUUUUAUUUCCUUUUCUUCUCUGACUGCUGUGGAUAAAACUUCCAAAACUAUGUUGAAUAAUAGUGGUGAGAGUGGACAUCCUUGUCUUGUUCCUGAUCUUAGAGGAAAUGGUUUCAGUUUUUCACCAUUGUGAACGAUGUUGGCUGUGGGUUUGUCAUAUAUGGCCUUUAUUAUGUUGAGGUAAGUUCCCUCUAUGCCUACUUCCUGGAGGGUUUUUAUCAUAAAUGGGUGUUGAAUUUUGUCAAAAGCUUUUUCUGCAUCUAUUCAGAUGAUCAUAUGGUUUUUCUCCUUCAAUUUGUUAAUAUGGCUUAUCACAUUGAUUGAUUUGUGUAUAUUGAGGAAUCCUUGUAUUCCUGGGAUAAACCUCACUUGAUCAUGGUGUAUGAUCCUUUUAAUGUGCUGUUGGAUUCUGUUUGCUAGUAUUGUGUUGAGGAUUUUUGCAUCUAUGUUCAUCAGUGAUAUUGGCCUGUAGUUUUCUUUCUUUGUGACAUCUUUGUCUGGCUUUGGUAUCAGGUGAUGGUGACCUGGUAGAAUGAGUUUGGGAGUGUUCCUCCCUCUGCUAUAUUUUGGAAGAGUUUGAGAAGGAUAGGUGUUAGCUCUUCUCUAAAUGUUUGAUAGAAUUUGCCUGUGAAGCCAUCUGGUCCUGAACUUUUGUUUUUUGGAAGGUUUUUAUUCACAGCCUCAAUUUCAGGGCUUAUGAUUGGUCUGUUUAUAUUUUCUAUUUCUUCCUGGUUCAGUCUCGGAGGGUUGUGCCUGUCUAAGAAUUUGUCCAUUUCUUCCAGGUUGUCCAUUUUAUUGGCAUAUAGCUGCUUGUAGUAAUCUCUCAUGAUCCUUUGUAUUUCUGCGGUGUCAGUUGUUACUUCUCCUUUUUCAUUUCUACUUCUAUUGAUUUGAGUCUUCUUCCUUUUUUUCUUGAUGAGUCUGGCUAGUGGUUUAUCAAUUUUGUUUAUCUUCUCAAAGAACCAGCUUUUAGUUUUAUUGAUCAUAGCUAUUGUUUCCUUCAUUUCUUUUUCAUUUAUUUCUGAUCUGAUCUUAUGAUUUCUUUCCUUUUGCUAACUUUGGGUUUUUUUGUUCUUCUUUCUCUAAUUGCUUUAGGUGUAAGGUUAGGUUGUUUAUUUGAGAUGUUUGUUGUUUCUUGAGGUAGGAUUGUAUUGCUAUAAACUUCCCUCUUAGAACUACUUUUGCUGCAUCCCAAAGGUUUUGGGUCAUCGUGUUUUCAUUGUCAUUUGUUUCUAGGUAUUUUUUGAUUUCCCCUUUGAUUUCUUCAGUGAUCUCUUGGUUAUUUACUAGUGUAUUGUUUAGCCUCCGUAUGUUUUGUAUUUUUUACAGAUUUUUUCCUGUAAUUGAUGUUUAGUCUCAUAGCAUUGUGGUCGGAAAAGAUACUUGAUACAAUUUCAAUUUUCUUAAAUUUACCAAGGCUUGAUUUGUGACCCAAGAUAUGAUCUAUCCUGGAGAAUGUUCCAUGAGCACCUGAGAAGAAAGUGUAUUCUGUUGUUUUUGGAUGGAAUAUCCUUUAAAUAUCAAUUAAGUCCAUCUUGUUUAAUGUAUCAUUUAAAGCUUGUGUUUCCUUAUUUAUUUUCAUUUUGGAUGAUCUGUCCAUUGGUGAAAGUGGGGUGUUAAAGUCCCCUCCUAUGAUUGUGUUACUGUCAGUUUCCCCUUUUAUGGCUGUUAGCAUUUGCCUUAAGUAUUGAGGUGCUCCUAUGUUGGGUGCAUAAAUAUUUACAAUUGUUAUAUUUUCUUCUUGGAUUGAUCCCUUGAUCAUUAUGUAGUGUCCUUCUUUGUCCCUUGUAAAGACUAUUUUGUCUGAUAUGAAAUUUGCUACUCCAGCUUUCUUUUGAUUUCCAUUUGCAUGGAAUAUCUUUUUCCAUCCCCUCACUUUCAGUCUGUAUGUGUCCCUAGGUCUGAAGUGGGUCUCUUGUAGACAGCAUAUAUACAGGUCUUGUUUUUGUAUCCAUUCAGCCAGUCUUUUGGUUGGAGCAUUUAAUCCAUUUACAUUUAAGGUAAUUAUCGAUAUGUAUGUUCCUAUUACCAUUUUCUUAAUUGUUUUGGGUUUGUUAUUGUAGGUCUUUUCCUUAUCUUGUGUUUCCUGCCUAGAGUAGUUCCUUUAGCAUUUGUUGUAGAGCUGGUUUGGUGGUGCUGAAUUCUCUUAGCUUUUGCUUGUCUGUAAAGAUUUUAAUUUCUCCAUCGAAUCUGAAUGAGAUCCUUGCUGAGUAGAGUAAUCUUGGAUGUAGGUUUUUCUCUUUUAUCACUUUAAAUAUGUCCUGCUACUCCCUUCUGGCUUGCAGGGGUUCUGCUGAAAGAUCAGCUGUUAACCUUAUGGGGAUUCCCCUGUUUGUUAUUUGUUGCUUUUCCCUUGCUGCUUUUAAUAUUUUUUCUUUGUAUUUAAUUUUUGAUAGUUUGAUUAAUAUGUGUCUUGGCAUGUUUCUCCUUGGAUUUAUCCUGUAUGGGACUCUCUGCACUUCCUGGACUUGAUUGACUAUUUCCUUUCCCUUAUUAGGGAGGUUUUCAACUAUAAUGUCUUCAAACAUUUUCUCAGUCCCUUUCUUUUUCUCUUCUUCUUCUGGAACUCCUGUAGUUUGAAUUUUGGUGCAUUUAAUGUUGUCCCAGAGGUCUCUGAAACUGUCCUCAAUUCUUAUCAUUCUUUUUUCUUUAUUCUGCUCUGUGGUAGUUAUUUCCACUAUUUUACCUUCCAGGUCACUUAUCCGUUCUUCUGCCUCAGUUAUUCUGCUAUUGAUUCCUUCUAGAGAAUUUUUAAUUUCAUUUAUUGUGUUGUUCAUCAUUGUUUGUUUGCUCUUUAGUUCUUCUAGGUCCUUGUUAACUGUUUCUUGUAUUUUCUCCAUUCUAUUUCCAAGAUUUUGGAUCAUCUUUACUAUCAUUACUCUGAAUUCUUUUCCAGGUACACUGCCUCUUUCCUCUUCAUUUGUUUGGUCUGGUGGGUUUUUACCUUGCUCCUUCAUCUGCUGUGUGUUCCUCUGUCUUCUCAUUUUGCUUAGCUUACUGUGUUUGGGGUCUCCUUUUCCCAGGCUGCAGGUUCGUAGUUCCCGUUGUUUUUGUUGUCUUCCCCCAGUGGGUAAGCUUGGUUCAGUGGGUUGUGUAGGCCUCCUGGUGGAGGGGACUGGUGCCUGUGUUCUGCUGGAUGACACAGGAUCUUGUCUUUCUGGUGGGCAAGACUGCAUCCGGUGGUGUCUUUUGGGGUGUCUGUGACCUUAUUAUGAUUUUAGGCAGCCUCUCUGAUAAUGGGUGGGGUUGUGUUCCUGUCUUGCUAUUUGUUUGGCAUAGGAUGUCCAGCACUAUAGCUUGCUGGUCAUUGAGUGGAGCUGGGUCUUAGAGUUGAGAUGGAGAUCUCUGGGAGAGCUUUCGCCGUUUGAUAUUACGUGGAGCCGGGAGGUCUCUGGUGGACCAGUGUCCUGAACUUGGCUCUCCCACCUCAGAGGCACAGGCCUGCCACCCGAUCAGAGCACAAAGACUCUGUCAGCCACACGGCUCUAGUUACAAACAAUGAAGCAGGGCAGUCAGGCAGUUUAACACAGCUUGAGUUCAGCAACCACCUUACACUACGAUCUUCAUUCAAAUCUCAAAAUGAACUCACAUCAGAUUUGUCCUUAGUCAGCAGAAGACUCUCAAACUCAACUGUGUUGCUUCCUCCUUCUUACAUGUUUUCUCACAUCACAUCUUAGUUUAUCACCUGCUCUACGCAUCUUUAAAUGGUUCCUACUCCUUCUUCAAGGCUUUAGCUUUUAAGUUGCUUGUGGCUUCGGGUAGAGCUGUGACUAGCUGUCCUUGGACUCAUGGCAGAACUCUUCCUGCACUGUUUCUCUUCUCCCAGUCCUAGACAGGCCAAUAUUUAACCUUAAGAAGUCAGGAAGUUAAACCUCCCUAGAGAGCUAGGCUGUUGUCUAUACUUGCCACACCCUCUGCAUAGCCCUGAUCUCAGGAAAGAUGAUGUAGGAUGGUUUAGAUAGAACCCAUUCUAAAGGAGAGAGCAGGAGUAAUGACUCUCAAGGUCCCCUUCAAGUACAGGGUUGACCGAUGUAACUGAGACUGUAUUAUAAGAAGCCAUGUAACCUACCAGUCUGUACUAAAUGGUCUUGGAAGGAAAAACAAGGAUGCAUUUUAAGAGGUUCAUGCCUCAGAGUGGUUAUGUGGACUCGUAUACCUAAAAACAUCCAAAAUCCUGGAGGUACACAGUGAUGUGUAAAUUGAGGGGACUUAGCCUUGCAGGUAGAGCAGCUGCCUGAGUGAGGGAGGGCAGUGAGGUUGUCUGUGUGCUCAGUGGUUGCUUGUCCUCACUAGGGGCAAAUGCUUUGACUGAGAGAAAGAAUGCCUCUCCCUUAUUUUGUCUUGUAAUAUUGUAAUAUUUGGGGGUCAUUUCCACAUCCUGUGUUGUAGUCUCAUUGUCAUGAGUCUCUUUUCUGAAGAUCUUUUUUUCUGUUACAAUUGUGCCAAGGACAACAAUUCCCCUACACUGGGGAAAAGGGGGUCCUGAUACUUACAACUCCCCAGGAGUGAUAGAAAGUAUUCGCCAAGAGUUAUAUUGUGAAAGAGCCAUAAGCUCAGGUCUAAACAUUUGGCCAACAUGUGAGAUAAUUUACUAUGCAGAAUUAUCUCAAGAACAUGCUGGUGAAGAGAUAAGUCAGUAUCCGGGAAAGGAAGCAGGCUAAUUUGAGGAUUCAAUUGGAGUCUAUCAAGGUGCUGAAGGUGCAUCUGAAUGCUUUGGUUAGAUUUUUAGAGACUGAGAUUAAUAUAUAUGUAUACUGGAUUAUAUAUCUGAAUGAUAAAAUUCUGAACUAUAUAUAUAUGUGUGUGUAAUAUCUAUCUAUCUGUAUUAUAUGAUAGGAAUUUCUGAAUAUUUGCCAACUAACUAGGAAUCUUCAAAUUUGACUAGUGUUCUUGGCCUGGUUAGGUGUUAUUAGUUCAUCUGAUGAGUGGUCCCUAGGCUCCCACUCUGGGUCUUACUCUGCGCUGGUGUUGGAGAUGCACUGGCCCAUAGCCACAGCUCUUGGCCUCGUGGGGGUGAGGGUGGAGAGCAAGACUUUAAUCAAACAAGCAUAUAAGUAAAUAGAUAAUUAGAAGUUGUGACAAAUGCCCUAAAGGAAAGAGAAAUGGUACUAUUAAAACAUGUGGCUAGGGUCUGCCCUCGGAAGGGUGGUUCAGGAGAGGUUUUCCUGAGGAAAUUACAUUUAAUUUGAGAUAUGAAAGAUGAACAGGAGUUAACAAGGGGAAGGGGAUGGGAAGAGCAUUCAGUCAGGGGGAGCAGAUUAAUCUUGUUUUGGUAAAUGAAGUUCAGGGAAGCUUUGCUGUAAAACAUUGAUUACUUUCACACACCUGGAAGAGCAGUACAGGCUAGUAAAGAGACAGGCUCUGAUCCAGAAUGCCCGGGUUUGAAUCCUGGCCUACCACUUGCUCUGUGUUAUUAGGCAAGUCACUUCACCAAUCCGUGCCUCAGUUUCCUCAUUUGUAAAACCUCAUAGGGGGUUGUGAGAAUUAAAUUGGUUAAUGUGCAGAGCGCUCAGACAGUGCCUGGCAUAUAACCUUCUCUAAUUUAUUGAGUAUCCACUCCUGAUUUCUAGUGUGGUGCUAUAUUAACUAGGGGGAAAAAGUCUGACCCUUUAAUGUUAAAAAUGAGGCCUGGGGAGACUGAGUGGUUUCCCAAAUAUCAAAGAAUUAGUUAACGGAAUGUCUGAUCUGGGAAGAUAAUUUUUUAAAAACUUAACGCUUUUUAUGUUAAGUCAUUGCCUCUCUAUUCAUUCACACAGAGUUCUAGUGGUGCACUUGAGUGCCUAAGACUGAAAAUGGGCGUCUUCUAUUUAUCAGAUUUUUUGCACACUUCUUAGAAUUUGUUUGAAAAUGGUUUGGGUGUGGCUCCAUGUGUCUUGAGGUUGGUGACUAGAUUCAGAGUCUUUUUGGGGUCGCCGGUUUCCUUAGAAUAGAGUGGUGCAUUUGCACGAUGUCUAAGUUGAUUUCAGUUUGUUGGUUGUAUUGGCAGCUGUCAGCACUUGUCCAGUAUAUGCCAGGCACUUCACCGAUACUGUAACAUGGGUGUGGGACACUCAUAAAUGAGACGCAUAUGGUCCUGCCCCUGAGAGUAUAGAUAACUCUACACUGUAAUCAAUGAUUACUCCUCCAUGCAAAUGGCGCACUGCUUUGGGGAAUAUGUGAGAGCUGUUUGCUGGGCGGUGAAGGGAGCACAACCAACUCCCUGGAGAAGAAUUCAUCCAGAACACAACAGGGAUCUUAGAUGUCUGAGAUAUGAUGAAUUAAAGUUAUGAUAUAAAGGAAGCCCUUUAUCAUGCUCACCCAUGUAUGCGUAGGGUAAGGCAUGUGUCAUGCAGCAGGAAUAAAGCUGUGGCUAUCCUGAGAGCUUGUAUUUUCAUUAGAAGUACUCAUAUUUGGGGAAAUUUGAUGUGACUUUUGGUAAUCUGAGUCAGUGUAAUUGUUAUCUACAUUGUUGUAGUGGAAUUCAAGAACUGAAAUUUAAGAAGUUUCCAGUUCUUUCUGAUUCAUCAUUUGCUGUUCUUGUAAAGGUAGAUUCUCAGAACCCAAAAUCUCCUCUAAGGCUACAAACUCUGUUUCCUAUCUGACUUUUAGGCUAUAAAAAUAGGAUCUCAUGUGGUAAUGCUUUCUGUUUUUCAAAGCACUGUUAUCUGCAUUAUCACAUUUGAUCCUUGUGUCGUUAUCCCCAUGUUAUAGGCGAGGAAACUGAGGUUCAGCAAGGUCAAUGGACUUUCUGCAUAAGUGAGACCUAGGUAGGGCCACCUUAAACAGUUUGACCCUGAUUUUUCAGAUGGAGGACUUUGUUGAUUAGAAUACAGGUAAGAAAUCUCUUACUGUGCUGUAGAGCCUGCAAACCACAACUACUGAGCCUGUGAGCCACAACUACUGAAGUCUGCACACCUAGAGCCCAUGCUCCGCAACAAGAGAAGCCACCGCAAUAAGAAGCCCGCGCACCGCAAUGAAGAGUAGCCCCCGCUCGCCACGACUAGAGAAAGCCCGUGCACAGCAACGAAUACCCAAUGCAGCCAGAAAGAAAGAAAGACAGACAGACAAAACAGCAAACAUCAAACAGACAAAUUAUUAAAAAACACAAUCUCUUAGGUUGAAAAAUUGAGAGCAGCAUGUUUUACCCACCGAAACGCAUCCUGGUGCCGGUGUUACUCAGUUAUUUCUUGGGCCUGAAUGACUUGAUUGUUUCCUCCGUGGAGCUAACAGUCCACGUGGGUGAUUCAGCCCUGUUGGGAUGUAUUUUCCAGAGCACAGAAGAGAAACUUGUGACCAAGGUAGACUGGAUGUUCUCAUCAGGAGAGCACUUCAAGGAUGAUUACGUGCUCUUCUAUUAUGCCAACAUCAGUGUGCCUGUGGGGCGUUUCCAGAAUCGUGUGAGCUUGGUGGGGGACAUCUUACACCAUGACGGUUCUCUCCUGCUGCAAAAUGUGGAAGAGGCUGACCAGGGAAACUAUACCUGUGAAAUCCGCUUCAAAAUGGAGAGCCUGGUGUUCAAAAAAGCAGUGGUCCUGCAUGUACUACCAGAGGAGCCCAAAGAGCUCAUGGCUCAUGUGGGUGAUUCGACUCAGAUGGGAUGUGUUUUCCACAGCACAGAAGAGAAACACAUGACCAGGGUAGACUGGAUGUUCUCAUCAGGAGAGCACACCAAGGAGGAGAUUGUGUUGCGCUAUUACCCCAAACUCAAGGCAGCCAUGGGAUACCCCCAGAACUGGGGCCGCUUCCAGAACCGUGUAAACCUGGUGGGGGACACUUCCCACAACGAUGGCUCCAUUGUGCUCCACAGAGUGAAGGAGUCUGAUGGAGGAAGCUACACCUGCAGUAUCCACCUGGGGAACCUGACAGUCAGGAAAACCACUGUGCUGCACGUGAUCCUGAAAGAGCCUCGAACAUUGGUGACCUCAGUAACCCUCAGACCUGAGAUCCUGGGCGGUAAUCAGCUGGUGAUCAUUGUGGGAGUUGUCUGCGCCACUAUCCUGCUGCUUCCGGUUCUGAUAUUGAUUGUGAAGAGGACCUAUGGGAAUAAGAGUUCAGUAACUUCCACGACCUUGGUCAAAAACCUGGAGAACACAAAGAAGGCAAAUCCAGAGAAGCAUAUCUACUCCUCCAUAACCAUGCAAGAGGUGACUGAUGAAGGAUCAAGUGGGAAGUCAGAGGCCACCUACAUGACCAUGCACCCAGUUUGGCCUUCUCUGAGGUCAGCACCAACUAGCCCAUCUGACAAAAAGUCAGAUGGGGGAAUGCCAAGGACAGAGCAAGCUUUUUGAAAAGAAGGGGGAGUUCCCUUUGCCCUUGGCCGUGGCACAGACUCUCUCUUCCUUGUGUCCUGAGUCCAUGUCAGAUCCCCUGCCCUCCAAGUCCUCCCCCGGCCUCAUUGCUUGGGCAAAGGGCUGAAGAUGGAGGGCUUGAAGCUUGGCAGGGAGACGGGACAGCUCUGGAGGAACAGGCCCUGAUUAGGGGGAGCAUGGACUUGGUCCCUCUGGAGCGGGACACUGGCCCUGGGGACCCUGACUGAGCUGCCCCAGAGGCCGCAAGCAUCCCAUCAGGUCAGACCCUCUGCUUGGACGGUGCUCUUUGUGGAUGGUUCCAGGGAAGAAUCACAGAGAUAAAAACCAACCCAAAUGAUUUCUUUGGCCAAUUAUCCCCAAAUAAAUGCAGUUUGUGGAAAUCA